AUGGACUUUGCUACAUCCCCAUUGCUCAACGGCCACCAAGAGGGUCGACUAACGGCACAGCUAUCUAAUCCGAGUCAACCAAGCACCGUCGUGACCAUCCCCGAUUCGGACCCUAAUCAUAAUGCCACCGGGCUCGCCAUAGUGAAGUUGGAAGACAUACUAAUAGCUUCUCGAGAAUCACUGCUGCAGAAUCGAGAAAUAGUUAUUCCCUUCAGGACCCGACCUUCCGCAAGCCGAUCCGCCAACAGCUGUGUGCCGUUUAGGACAACUCGAUCAGCAGUUCGUUUCCCUGGCCGGACAGUUGAGGAAGCCACCAAGUUCACCCGGAUUAUGCGCAUCAUGCAACUCUCGCUAAGUGCCCUGACGGAAGGCCGGCUGAUCACCAAGAGAAACAUCUACUACCAGGACACCGAUCUUUUCAAAAGACAGUCCACCGUCGACAACCUCGUUGAUGACCUUGCCUACACUCUUGGCCUUGGGAGAGAAGAUCUCGGUAUAGUUGCCGCAAGUAAAGGCCUUGUAUCAGGGCCUAUCAUUCUGCGUUCUGGAACUCUUUCGGAGGUUGACGCCUCAUCGAGCGGGGAUGGGAUCCUCAUACCGUCGGUGAGGAGUGUAUCCGAGAUUGACUUCGGUCCUACGCAAUGGAUCUUGGAGACCUCUGCUUUGGGCAUGGGCAUUCUGGUCACUGGCAAAGGUUACCCGGAUUUGAACACUAAGCAGUUCGUGCAUCUUCUUCACACGGCCAAGCCCGAGCUUCCGGUCUUCGCUCUGGUCGACUUCGACUGCUAUGGUAUCGCUAUCAUGCGCUGCUAUAGUCACGGCACCCGAGGCCAUGCACAUGAAAAAUCAACGACCGUGCCCAGCAUGCAGUGGCUCGGCAUCAAAAGCGACGAUCUCCCUUUCCAUCAGAAUGCAAACCCUAGCCCCGGGUCUGCUGAUGGCGGCGGCGGCCAGAGGCGGUCGGGUGAGAGCACGUUCGAGUCCUCGAGUUCUCUCACACUACGGGACAGAACUCGAGCGAUCAAUAUGGUCAGAGAAGUGAGUGAGGAUGGCACAGAUAUUGAUCGAGAUUGCCGACGAGAGCUACAGGUGAUGCUGUUCCUCGGCAUCAAGGCAGAGAUCCAAGCUGUGGACAACACAGGAGACAUGUCGCGAUGGCUCGAUGGGCACAUGAGAAGCGCAUGA